GAGAGGACUCGGAGAGAGAGAGAGAGAGCGAGGGGUUUCGAGGAAAAAUGAGCGGCGAGGGACAGCGAACGAAUGUGUGAGGGGGUGUGUCCGAUGUGUGCUUUUGGGUGAGAAAAGUGUGGGGGAGCGCGUUACGUGCCUGCAUGACCCUCCCAGUCCAUGCAUACGAGUCGCCGGGAACCACCGGCGGUCGGUGACGGCGUUCGCCGGCGAAGCGGCAGCGGAGAAUAGGCGGGUGCAAAGGAGAAUCGAGGUCGAGUGAGGCGAACUGGGAAUAAACCCUCGCCAUGAUGUCGGAGAGCACUUCUCCUUUGAAGGUUUGCUUCAACCCGCAGUGCCGCGCUUCCGGAGCGGAGAAAUGGCGGAAGGGGUGGAUGCUGAGGUCCGGUGAGAUCGUGGAGCUUUGCUACCGCUGCGGUUCUGCAUAUGAAGAACAGAGAUUCUGUGAAGAUUUUCAUGCUGAUGUUGCUGGGUGGAGGAACUGCGAAACAUGUGGAAAGCGUUUGCAUUGUGGGUGCAUUGCUUCAGUUCACAGAUACUAUCUUCUUGAUGCCGGUGGAGUAGAAUGUGUCAUUUGUGCCAAAAAAAAUGUACCUGGUGUGGAACAGAGCCUGUUCAGACCACCAUCUUGGUUUCCUUCUCUGUCUCACCUUGAUGGCCUGACAGAUCAGUCUUCGAAGGUAUGGGGUCAGAUUCCACCGACAGGAUCUGAUCUCAGACAGCUACAGAAACUGCCCCUUGUUUGGCACUAUAUAUCCCAGAAUUCUGAGUCAUAUCCAGGGAUGAGACAUCCUGAUGCUGGAAAUCCAAGUGAUAGAUUUCCAGGUAAAGUGUGCCCUGCAACCUGCUCCAUGGAGAAGAAGAAUGUCGAAGACUCCCAUGAAAAGGAUUCAGACAACAGUCACAGUACCAUGAAGUUCCAUAUUUAUGAUAAUCUUGGCAAUAGGAUUUCAGAUGUUGGUCACGAUAGCUCUUUCGUUCAGGAGGCAUAUAUGGAUGGUUUGAGGGAUCCUAGCUACAUUGCAGGAAGAAAGAGCAAUGAAGCUGGAAAAGUUAUUUCUGCAGAGGAGUUUGGAAGGAAAAAAUCUGUUAAUGUUCCUACAUGUGAACCACAGGAUUCAUAUCUCAAUAUAAAACAUUUACCUAGCUUGUUGAAAGAUGGCAUUUCAAAUGUUUCUGGUCCUUCUCUGCCUUUCUCAAGGGAAACCAAUUUGAAACAUUCAAAUGAUCCUCAACAACAGGGAUACUUACAAUCGUCGCAGAAGCAAUACUUUUCUACCUGCCAUGCAGGUCUAGGGUCUUCUAAGGAGACACAAAGUCAAGUUAGCUCUAUCAGCUCUUACACUGAUGGAAAGGUGAAAAAUCAGUCAAUACUUUCUCGAUACUGCCCAAGGAUCACUGCUCAAGAGCUUCAGAAAAUAUCCGGAAACUCAAAUUCUGUUGUCACUCCUUUAUUUGAGAAAAUGUUAAGUGCUAGCGAUGCAGGUCGUGUAGGACGCCUAGUGCUACCAAAAAAAUGUGCAGAGGCAUACUUCCCAGCAAUUUCACAUCCUGAAGGAUUGCCUCUUAGAAUUCAAGAUGCAAAUGGAAAGGAAUGGGUAUUCCAGUUUCGAUUUUGGCCUAACAAUAACAGCAGGAUGUAUGUGUUAGAAGGUGUAACAUCUUGCAUUCAGUCUAUGCAGCUGCAAGCUGGUGAUAUAGUAACAUUUAGUCGGAUAGAUCCAGAAGGGAAACUUGUCAUGGGAUUCAGGAAGGCUUCAAGUACUCUGUCUCAUCAGGAUGGGCGCUCACUGGAGAACCAGAAUGGUGAAGUUCCUAACAGGAUUGGAGCAUGCAAUGAAGUUGUGACUGCACUUCCUGCUUAUUCUGCAAAAGUAGCAUUUGAUUCAACCGGUGAUUCAUCACGUGGCCAGAUUGGACCAAUUAGCGUUGUCUCUUAUUUGGAUAAAACAAGCAAGCAAAAAGCUUCUUCAGGUUCAGCAGCUUUUUCGCUUGAUAAAAGAAAAAAAGGAACCUGUGGUUCCAAAAGGAAACGGCUUUCUGUUGAUGACAAGAGUGCUGCAAAGAUGAAACCAACAUGGGAGGAAGCACAAAAACUGCUACAACCACCUCCCAACCAUUCUCCCACUAUUGUAGUUAUUGAGGGGCAUGAAUUUGAGGAGUAUGAGGAACCUCCAGUUUUUGGAAAUCGACCUAUAUUUGCUGCCAAAGAGUUGGGAUCAUCAUGUUCAUCAGCUCGGGAAAUUUCUGCAGAACAACUACAGGGUCAUCCUGCAAAGUCCGCACGUAAACAAGCUCGAGCAGCAAAAAGGAUGAGAAGUAGUAAAUGUCUCAGCAAGCUUGAUACGCUAGCUGACUUAGCCAUUCUUGAUGAAAAGGAGCAAGAGCAACAUCCUCCAGCCAAUUCAACCACCACAAAGCAUCCACGUCAUCGGCCUGGUUGCUCCUGCAUUGUCUGUAUCCAGCCUCCAAGUGGACAAGGUCCUAAGCAUGAGCCUAAUUGCACGUGCAAUGUCUGUUUGAUGGUCAAGCGUCGGUUUCAUACCCUCAUGUUACGGAGAAAGAAACUGCAGUCUGAGAAGGAAGCAGAAAAUGAUGAGGAAAACCACCAAUCCUCGCCAGAGAAAUCAGAGGAGAAGAUUGAAGCUAGUGACGGGAAAAUGGUUGAGUCUGAGAAACAAGGCAACAAACCAAUUAAGAAGAGUUCAGAUUCAUCAAGAGAUUCAGAGAAUAAUGAAGGGCCUUUGUCCUGCUCAGCUUAUAAUAAAGAAGAGAUUGGUGGCAUAGGGAAGGGUCAGAUAGAUUUAAACUGUCAGCCUGAGCGCGAAGAGGAUUUCUUUCCAAAUUCAGAUUUAGUCAGCACUUGUAAACCAUUCAAUGAGUACGUGUGGACGGGGAUCUCAUGUUCUUCUGCCGACCAUGAGCAACAGAUAGAAGCUCAUGCUGCAGACCCAGUUGAUGAUCCGUCAAAGGAGGCGGCGAGUGAUGGUCACGAGCCUGACUGGCAGGGGGCUGAUGCUGGUGUGUCAGGAAUGACCAAUUUGUCCAAACCAGGACCGAUACAAGCAACCACCGCUGCCUGAUAAAUGUACACAUGUAAUCUGCUGGCAUGCCUUCUCUUAUAUAAUCGUCAUGGAAAUUGUAAAUGUUCCAUACCACGGUAAUUAAAACUUCAUUCUUCAUAUAUCUAACAAAACAACUUACGCAUGUUCGCAUCACAAAGUGGAAGAAUCAGUGAUUUGUACCGAGCCGUCAGAGUAUGUAAUGUUGUAGAAAGUUGUAUGACCUCAAUGUAGGAAAGGAGAAAUCUAAAUUGUAAGCUUAGUUUGUAUUUUUCUUUUCUUUCUGUAGAGUUUUUCUCUUGAUAAAUUUUUGCUACAGAUAAGUUCAAUGAAACAUAGUCAA